ACUUCCCUUUCUAUGACAGCUGGGCAACUAUCUGCCAUGACACCGGUCUUGGCCUAGAGUUGUUUCCGGGCUAUAGGGAUAAGGAUAGCAUAGUCUAGGGCAGACACGUGUACAUUAUCAGUAUCUGCCUGUAGUCCAGUGAAGACAUGUGAUCAGCGUAGCACUAGGUCCGAGUUUCUGGUCAACGGGGUGAGGUUGGGCGUGGCAGGUGUUUUGACAGCUCUAGCACUAUGGAAUAUGGACUGCGCACCUGUUAUUCAAGUCACUGAUGAAAUGGAAAGGCUUUCGUCUCCACUCCUCCUGACAUACUUCCAGGACAACUAGGAAGGAUGUCUGGCGGCGCAAUAUGGGUGACGAAGAUUGGUUGCCCGAUGAGGAAUUCCGGAUCCUGAGCCGUGGUGCAAAGGAGAAGGUUUACCUGAAGAUAAAACGUCGUUCCGGCCUUGACACAUUACGUCAUCAGGAACUUGAGGCCGCCUCUGAUUGGUUACCGCUUGAGAAGCAUCAAGACUGCACGAGGGCGGGCUCCAUCCCUUCAGAAGAACCAGCAGCUCACAGUCUCCCAAUAAACCUAGACUUUGCUCUCUCGCACAGGACAAGAGACAGAGACAGGCGACCCUUUUCUAGCAUGGCUGACAUUGGAGGAGGGUAUCCCGAUUCAAUGAGAUCACCUUUAUGCAUGUCAGUUGAGACUGGCAUUCCUUCUGCGGUUGAGUCUUUGUUGAACGCUGGCUAUGACAUCAAUUGUAAGGACUCUGAUGGGAACAGCCCGCUCCAUGUCGCCAUUUUCUCUCGUUUCUAUGACAUCACUAAACUGCUGCUUCGACAUGGCUGUGUUCUAGGUGUAUACAACAAGGCAGGGUUCACCCCCCUCCACGUUGCGGUCCUCCAUCGGGAUGAACAUGCCCUCAGCAUCAUCUGCAACUACCAGAGGAUCCAUGGCAACGCGAGGAGACCCAUACCUCCUGACCACUAUGCGUGUCCCGCCAUCGAUCUGCGGGCGUUGUUUUCCGGUGAGACUUGUCUCCAUAUUGCAGUAGAACAGAAUAAUCUGGAGAUUGUGAAGAUUCUAGUCCAAGAAGGUGCCUCAGUAGAUGCGGUCAACUAUUACUCACAGACACCCCUGGUGCUGGCGUCACGGUACAACUAUCACAACAUAGCUAAAGUAUUGCUGAAUUACGGUGCUGACCCAAACGUUACAGGUUCCUUUGGAAACCAGAGAAACACCCCUCUUGGCCUUGCAGCUAAAUACAACUACUACCAGCUGGCCCGAGUGCUCGUGGAUCAUGGAGCUAACAUCAACCUCCGUGACGACAGUGGACCCAGCCCUCUGUUUACAGCACUGUUAUGUGAAUCAGAAGAUGUCGCCACCUUCCUCCUCACUGAAUGUCCAGAGAAGGGUCUGGACGUGACGGUUUCGCGCAGGAAUGGGGAAACAACCCUGCACGCACUCAUGUCUUUCAAAGGAGAAAAAAGAACCGAAUUUGCUCGAAUACUUGUUAAAGGCGGAUGUCCGGUGAAUCAAGCCAACAGAGCCCGUCAGUUUCCCCUCCACGAAGCCGUGGCGAGAUACGACCGGUCCAUGGUGUCCACUCUUCUGGAUCUAGGCGCUGACAUGCAUGUGUUCGACAGAUGGGGACAGAAUGCUCUUCACAUAGCAGUAGCAAUAGGUCAGUUGGACACAACAAAGCUUCUUCUAGCAUCAGGGGCGGACAUAGAUUCACAAACAUCCUCAGGCCGGACGUCACUAUUUCUUGCCCUUGAUCAAGGUCACUUCAAUAUCGCUGAGUUUCUCAUCCUUCAUGGGUGUGAUCUGACCCUCGAACCUUACCUUCUUGCCCCCCGAUUCCCCUCUUACUACACGCCCCGUUCCGGAAAGUCGUAAGAAGCCCCCGUUUGCACUGUCAGCUGAUCUUGCCCUUCUGUGUCGCCUACAGACUCAAGCCUCAAGUCCGUGUUGUCUGUUUGUCCUGUCUGUCCGCCGAUUAAGACAGUGGUUCACUAAACUGGCAAUCCCUCUGGAGAACACUUACAAUCUGCCUAUCCCGUUGUUUCUACAGAGGUUCCUGUGCUACAACAUCAGCCGGAAGUCUGACUUGACGCGGCCGAAGUAGCUAGUUGUCCUCUGUUCCACAGAAGGGUCUGUUCUGUUGUUAUGGAGACUGUGACAGAAUAUGUUUAAUGUGAAACAUAACGAAACUUCUGAAAUAGUUCAACACUCGUUAUUUUAGCAAAGGGUGUCACAAUUAUCGAAGACAAUAUGCAUCGCGGUACUUGCCACACGAUACGAUUUGUCCGACGAUACUUACAACAUGAUCUGUAUAACUUGCCAGAGUAUCGACUUCCUCAUGACUUUGAUAAGUUUCACAAAACUUUAAUUGAUAAAAUAUGCUUUUCUACAAAAUUCAGAAUCACUAGUAUUUGACAUAUCACACGAUACGUACUACAGGGUACACAACGAUAUUUUGAAGAUACUUUGUUUCAUGGUACUUACAUGACACUGCGUGUUUCACAUUACUUACAAGACACUGUUUAUUUCCCAGCACUUAAAAGACACUGCUUGUUUCGCGGUACUUACAGAACAGUUUUACAGUACUUACAAGGCGCUGAUUCGCGGUACUAACCAGACGGUUCCAGUGUACUUACCAUACACUUGACAUCCUCCAACAGGUAAAUAGACCCUGGAAUUUAAACAC